AUGUCAUUGGCAUUUCUCAAACUUCGAUUGAACUUACCGUUGAAUAAUUCGCUGAUAUUUGUUCGAACUUUUCGGCAACCACAACGAUCAACUGGACCGAAAUCACAAGAAGGAGAGUUCCGAACAUUACAACUAUAUCCAACAAAAACCAGUCGAUCUGGUCCAAUGAAAAAGCGUGCAAAGCCACAAUAUAAAGAAGUUUUACCACCGCGUUAUCUUCGCAUGUCAACCGAUCAAGAUUGGACCAACGUUUGGCCUGCGGCUACUUCAUUUAAAUAUAGUGUUGUACCAUUGCCUAUCACUCAGGGCUACGUCGCUUCCGAUAAGGAAAAUAAAGGUUUACCUAUGGAGAAAUAUGCCAAUACAGAACUGAUAAAAAUUCCCAAUUUUUUUCAUCUAACACCAAAUCAUAUUAAGAAACAGUGUGCAGCAAUCAAAAAAUUUUGUACACCAUGGCCUGAACAAUUGGAUUCGGAUGAAGCAUGUGAUUACUAUCUUCCAAUAAAGAUUACUACAUAUGAUUAUCUCAAUUCAACACCAUCCAUACGAGAUUCUCGUGCACGUGUCGUGAAAUUCAAUUUCAAACUUGAUCAAUUAGAAUUCGAUGAACAUGCGCGCGAUAAAUUCAUUCGUCUAGCUGGAGACAAAUACAAUGCAGAUAGAGAUGAAUUAACCUUAACAGCUGACAAAUGUCCUUACCGAAAGCAAAAUUAUGAUUAUGCUCAGUAUUUGUUAACUGCUCUAUAUUUUGAAUCAUGGAAAACCGAAAGUUGGGAACAAGAACGAACAAAGUACGAUUGGCAAAGAUACUUUUGGGACGAAAGUCCUUCACGUACUCGCCUACUCGACAUCUUGAGAGCCUCUGAAAAAGAUCCGUCAUCCGUGAAUGCACAAUCACUUCUGGAUCAAAAUAAGAAGCUUGUGGAAAGAUACCGUCAGAGUAUAACUCGUGUUCAAGAUGAAGGUGUUGAAUAUGAACUGAAAAACUUAGAAGAUUAUCGUGAUGAUGUUUUGACGUUAUACAAUCUAAAAUUAUAA